UGGAGCUUUACAGGGUGACUCUACUAUCGGAACAGAGAAUCCCUUUCCUCUCCCCUUCUCUCAAAGGGGGUUUUCUCUCCUCCAGCUUCAAUAGUUGAAUUCCUCACUUGCGACAGCUAAAACCCUGGCGGGACUUCGGAGCCAAGCUUCAAGAGACUGAUAUCGCCUUUAUCAGAUUGCUUAAUUCCAGGUAACUCAAAGUCCUCCUUCGUCUUCUUUCACACUUUGGAGAUAGGCAGCUCAAUGAACUGCCUCUGCUCGAUUCACUACUGUUUGCGCAAUUUGAUCCCUCCAGUUUAAUGGGCAUCCAUCAAUUUGAGAAUUCACAGCUUUUAAAGUUCUGCGUCCUUUUAAUUAUCGUUUUAUUGGUGUGUUUCUUGGAUUUCUUAAGUACUGUAAAGUUGCAGAGAUAAUGGGUACCAACCAUGAACUGUAUAUCUCUGUUUGGUCCAAGGGUUAUUCAAAAGAUUUCGUGUUAUGUUGUCGUAGCACGAAAAUUAAGUGAUGGAUGCUUUGGUGGGAAUAAAGGGGAUAAUGGGCAUGAGUUUAUAGAGGAACCCUUGAAGAGAAUAUGGAGAAGUUCGGAUUUUGAUUCAGUUUUAGAUGAGAAACAGAAUGUUCAUGAGUAUGAGAACCAUCCCCGGGAGUAUUUCUCGCUGAGACGGAGUUUUUUUGAGAAUGCAAAGAUUCAUACCAGGAGGGUUCUUGAAGUUCUUCAACAAGAUGGCCCUGGGUUUGAUACAAAAGCGGCUUUGGAUGAGUUGCAUAUAGAGGUUUCAGGGCUUCUUGUGAGGGAAGUUCUCUUCAAAAUUUUGAAACAAGUAAAUUAUGCGAGUAAAAUGCGGUGUGCAAAGUUGGGGUAUAAGUUUUUUGUGUGGUCUGGCCAGCUUGAAAAUUACAGGCACACAGCAAACACGUAUCAUUUAAUGAUGAAGAUAUUUGCAGAUUGUGAGGAGUUUAAAGCAAUGUGGAGGCUAGUUGAUGAGAUGAUUGAGAAAGGGUAUCCAACUACAGCACAAACGUUCAACAUCUUGAUACGCACUUGUGGCGAGGCAGGCUUAGCUAAGAAAGUUGUGGAAAGAUUCAUCAAAUCAAAGACAUUUAACUAUAGGCCAUUUAAACACUCAUACAAUGCAAUUUUGCACUCCCUUGUUGUGGUGAAGCAGUACAAGUUGAUUGAGUGGGUAUAUCAACAGAUGUUGGCAGACGGUCACUGCGCAGAUACUCUAACUUACAAUGUUAUGAUGUAUGCAAAAUAUAGAUUGGGGAAGCUGGAUCAAUUUCACAGACUCCUUGAAGAAAUGGGCAGGAGUGGAUUCGCUCCAGAUUUUCAUACUUACAAUAUUCUUCUUCAUGUCCUUGGUAAGGGAGACAAGCCACUUGCUGCGCUUAAUCUCUUGAACCACAUGAAGGAAGUCGGUUUCGAUCCAAGUGUUCUUCACUUCACAACAUUGAUAGAUGGACUAAGCAGAGCUGGAAAUUUGGAUGCCUGCAAGUAUUUUUUUGAUGAGAUGAUAAAGCAUGAGUGCUUUCCUGAUGUUGUUUGUUAUACUGUAAUGAUAUCGGGGUAUAUCGUGGCUGGGGAGCUUGAGAAGGCUCAAGGGGUGUUUGAUGAGAUGAUCCCUAAUGGGCAGCUUCCAAAUGUAUUUACAUACAAUGCUAUGAUUCGUGGGCUUUGUAUGGCAGGGAAGUUUGAGGAAGCAUGCUCCAUGCUUCAGGAUAUGGAAUCCAGAGGCUGCAAUCCGAAUUUCACCGUAUACAGCACCCUAGUAAGUUAUUUGCGAAAUGCUGGGAAGCUUGCCGAAGCUCAUGAAGUAAUAACACAUAUGGUGGAGAAGGGGCAGUAUACCCAUCUACUUUCAAAGUUCAAGGGAUAUAGGAGAUGUUGAAGCUGUAGAUUAUGGUAUUCGCAGUAUUCACUUGCAAUCUCAUAAGAAGAAACUAAUUGAUCCAGCUCAGUUGACAUUAUGUAGCACCUGGCUAUCUCAGUUUGACCUUGUACCUAUAGAUAAAGAAACUCAUUCAUCCAGGGACCAGGUAACAUUAUGCAGCUCCUGGCUAUCUCGGUUACACGAUGUACCCACCACAACUUGUUUCUAUUGUCUCUGAAGGAAAAAAGUAAAGUAUGCACAAGUUAUUUUUUCAUCGUAUUUUUGUAGCGCGAACAGUU